AUGGUCCGAAGCCUCAGGUCCCUCCUCUACGGCAUCGUCGCCUUGGCGGCAGGGGCAAAUGCGGCUCCUUCAUGUCCUGCUCGGUCGACUUCCACUAGCGUCAGCGCUCAGCCCAGUGCAACUGCUCCGGCUGCUCGGACCUUUCAGGCUGAGGAUGCGACAUUGUCUGGGACAAACGUCGAUACGGCACAGUCUGGUUACACCGGGACUGGCUACGUGACGGGCUUCGACCAAGCCACUGACAAGGUGACCUUCAAGGUCGACAGUGCUACCACCCGCCUCUAUGACCUCAGCAUCCGCGUUGCCGCCAUCUACGGCGACAAGCGAACUUCUGUGGUUCUCAAUGGCGGCGCCAGCAGCGAGGUCUUCUUCCCGGCCGGCACGACAUUCACCGACGUCGCGGGUGGGCAGCUUCUGCUGAACCAGGGCUCCAACACCAUUGACAUUGUGAGCAACUGGGGAUGGUACCUCAUCGACUCCAUCACGCUCACCCCCUCGGUCCCGCGUCCCGCCCACCAGAUCAACCCGGCACCGGUGAACCCGGCCGCCGAUGCCAAUGCCAAGGCCCUGUACGACUAUCUCCGUUCCAUCUACGGCAAGAAGAUUCUGUCUGGCCAGCAGGAGCUCUCGUGGGCCAACUGGAUUGCGCAGCAGACGGGCAAGACGCCCGCGCUGGUGGCGGUCGACCUGAUGGACUACUCGCCCUCGCGCGUCGAGCGCGGCACCGUGGGGACGGCCGUGGAGGAGGCCAUCCAGCACCACAACCGGGGCGGCAUCGUGUCGGUGCUGUGGCACUGGAACGCACCCGCGGGCCUGUACGACACGCCCGAGCACCGCUGGUGGAGCGGCUUUUACACGGACGCGACCGAUUUCGAUGUCGAGGCGGCGUUGAGCUCGACCACCAACGCCAACUACACGCUGCUGAUCCGCGACAUUGACGCCAUUGCCGUGCAGCUCAAGCGCCUGCAGACGGCGGGCGUGCCGGUGCUGUGGCGCCCGCUGCACGAGGCCGAAGGCAAGUGGUUCUGGUGGGGAGCCAAGGGCCCCGAGCCGGCCAAGAAGCUGUGGCGGAUCCUGUAUGACCGGCUCACCAACUACCACAAGAUCAACAACCUGCUGUGGGUGUGGAACUCGCUCGCCGCCGACUGGUACCCCGGUGAUGCCACGGUGGACAUCCUCAGCGCGGAUGUGUAUGCGCAGGGCAAUGGGCCCAUGUCGACGCAGUACAACACGCUCAUCGAGCUUGGCAAGGACAAGAAAUUGAUUGCCGCGACCGAGGUCGGCGCGGCACCUCUCCCGGAUCUGCUGCAGGCAUACGAGGCCCACUGGCUGUGGUUCGCCGUCUGGGGCGACACAUUUAUCAACAAUGAAGCCUGGAACUCGCUCGCUAACCUGAGGAAGGUGAGUCAUUGCAGUCUCUCAGGAGUGGAACGGAAGAGAUUUUGUGUUGAGCUGACACCCCACAGAUCUACACCAGCGACUACGUCCUUACUCUGGACGAAAUCCAGGGCUGGCGAGGGUCGUGAAAAUCAAGGUUGUAUGGCUGAGAGCUUGGUAGCUGUGGAAUUUACAACAGCCACAAUGAUAGGUACCGGAGAUGAAGACUGGUGUCAUCAGCUUAGUCUUUGA